CCAGCGUCACCGGUAAUACGUAGUUGUGCGCAUGCGUGCAAGAGUGGUGGGUAGCUGCAAUCCAGCUACGUACCUGACAAUCAGUUGUACCGUGUUUUCGUCAAUAUUUAGAUACAAAACAAGAAAUAAGGAGCACCGUCAUCGUGUAGCUUUCAUUACCAUAAAUCCUAGCAUGGCGUUAAAUGUCUCUUCACGGCUGACGAGAAGUAUAGUCCGCGUUUUAGCGAGCAGAAGUGUCAUUCCUGUUACAAGACAACUGGCAACUACUCCGUGCUGGACACAUUUACGUUGCUUACAGCGUUUGGGCUGAAAGAAGUACUUGUAUAAAUUAUUCUAAAGGUGACAUGUUUCUUUUUAAAGAUGUCCGUGUCAUUCGUUAUGAUGGUAGUUCAUUACGAAAUUUCAGUUCUUCAAGCCAGCUUUCAAUAGAUGUGUCCUACGAGCAGCUGAAGAAACUGCUGCUGUCCGACUCCAGUGUGGUUCUAGACGUCCGUGAGCCGUGGGAACUCAGGGAAUACGGGAACAUACCGGGGUCAAUUAACGUGCCAUUGGGACAGGUGAAUGGAGCUCUCCAGCUCACGCCUGAUGAAUUCAAGGAGAAAUACGGAGGAGUCAUGCCAUCGCAAUCCCAAAAUAUAGUGUUCACCUGUCUAGCUGGUGUAAGAAGCAAAAAAGCCCUGGAAACUGCAGUGUCUUUAGGAUAUACCAAGGUCCAGCAUUAUCCAGGCGGAUGGCAAGAAUGGGCAGAACAUCAAUUAAUAAAAACCAAAGACUGAUUGUCACGCUGUAGUCAUGUUAACACUGUAAUAAGAAGUUUGAUUGACUUGUAAUGCAGUCUGAAUUAUACCAUUGACAGUCAAAAUGUGCCAGUAAGACUGAAUCAUUUAAUGGUAUUGACUGGAAAUAAAGGAAUGGUGUGAUUAUAUUUUAAGCCUGAAAGAUGCACUUUUAUAUGAUGUGAGCUGUGCACAAUCUACACUAUUUUAUUUGAUGUAGUCAGUUUGAAUAGGAAGUGCAGUGGCCUACAGUGUUACAGUGUUACAACUUCUGUUCAAAGGGCUCUUGGCUAUUUGCCUAGUAGUUAAACCUAAAUAUUUUGAGCAGACAAUCCAAAUAUGAGCUAUAUAUAUAUAUAUUAUAUAUUAUUCCGUGAUUUAUGAGUUCAACAUAGCACUGUUUAAAGUAACUGAAGAGUUAUGUUUUUGUAUACUUGAAAAUAAAACAUUGAUGCUA